CAAGCAGCGUACCCUACCAUCGAUCUCACGGAAGUUUCCGCUCGACCGAUUCGCUUGUAGUAUCGUGUAACCAAAGUUCGGUAGCUCAUGGCAAUGGAGUUCGAACUGGUGGCGAGCCAGCACGGGGCGCUGCUCAAGGUCGGGCUGUUCGUGCUGGUGCAGGCGCUGGUGUACCUCAUCCUCGCCCAGUCCUCCUCCGUCUUCUCCAGCACCAAGACCCUCGGCAAGUUCCGCCCGUCGAGGUCCCUCAGUGCCCGCCGCAUGGUCGCGCUGCUCUCCGACCUGCCGCUCGGCGGGGAGCCCUCGCCCCGCACCGUCUCCGGGGAGCAGUCGCCUGUGGCCGUAGUCGUGCCCGCCCACCAGAAGAAGGAUUAAAACCAAGCACGAUUUGGGACAAGGACAUGGACUAAGCCGGAUGUAGGAGUUUGUUAGCUAUUCACCAUUCUUUGAUUAAUCGCUUGAUUCUUUUGUGAUCGUAUAUGCAAAUUACAUGCCGUUUCAACUUGUACACACGACUAUGUGAGAUCAUGUUUUGAUUACAGUCAUUCGUGUGCUUGUUAGAAGUUCAGAAGAGACUGCUUAACCCGAUAGGAGCACGAUUUGGGACAAGGACACGGGAUGAGCCGAUGUAGGAGUUUGUUAGCUAUUCAUCAUUCUUUGAUUGAUCGCUUGGUUCUUUUGUGAUCGUAUAUGCAAAUUACAUGCUGUUUCAACU